CACACACACAAACAAACAAAAACAGGCAGACAAACGACGGCUGAUCACAUUUGUUGUGCUCUAUGUGCUUUAUGCCAAUCAACAACAAAAGUUUUGCAUUGUUCGCAGCUUUCCCCACUCCCACCGACGCCCAACAGCGGCAGCAGCAGCAGCAGCGGCCGUAACAACAACAACAUCAGCAGCAACUGUAGUUGCUAUAUCCAUCCAAGCAGUUGUUCAGUUGUUGGGGCCAUGGGCCCGCUAUCGCCGUUUUGUAUUUGUGCUGCAAGUUAUGGUCUUGGUCAGUAACGAAUGGCAGAGUAAUAAGGAUGACGAGCAAAAGCCCAGUGCGGCAGCAGCAGCAGCAGCAGCGACAGCUUUACCAACAAUCUCAACAGCAGUUGCAUCAGCAGCACAAUCGGCCGUAAAUAGCGGUAUUGCCAACGUUAUUACCACAAGCUCUACCACAAUUGACCAAGAUAUAACUGCUAGAACAGUAGUUGUUGCCGGAGGUGUUGAAUUGUCAAAGCGCCAGCAGCGCAUCCAUAAAAAGUCACACAAUAUAAUGGAAAUGAACAAGAAGGCCCAACAGGAGCAGCAGCAUCAGCUCCAGCAGCAGCAGCAACAGCAACAGCAACUGUUAAUGCGCGAAAAGCACGAGACAGAAACGUGUGAGUUGCCCACAGAGAACAGUAACAGCAUCGACAACAGCAUUAUGUUCAUUAAUGAUGCUAACGACAAUAUGGAAAAUCAGGAAAACAAUAAUGCGACUGCGGCAGAGACCUGUGAUUCCAAUACGAACACAUUAUUGCAGGGCCAGCUGGCGCAGAAGCAGGCGCAGCUACAUAUGGCCAUGAAUUCGGUGCUAAAUGCCAAUAAUACGACGGGCGGUAAUCUAUUCAGCUCGAUGGGUGCCUUACAAUUGCCUAAUGAGGCAGCUAAUACGCUGCUUUCCAAUACGCAGGACAUAUCGCCCGGUGAGGCCAGAAUUGUGCUGCAAUGCGAGUUGAAAUCGCAUAAGUUUGACACGCGUAACAUUUUGCUGGCGCCGGGGCAAGAGUGCAAGGUCGGUCGUUUGAUUGCCAAGAGCAAGGCGAGCGAAAGCAAUGCCAUAUUUGAUUGUAAGGUGUUGUCGCGUAACCAUGCCAUGCUCUGGUAUACAACCGACGGUCGUUUCUGGGUGAAGGAUACUAAGUCCAGCAAUGGAACCUUCAUCAACGACAACAAGCUGGGCAAUGAGCCGGCCGAGCUGCAUAAUGGUGAUACCGUCAAGUUUGGCGUUGAGGUGAUUGAGAAUUCCCGUCAGGAGGUGCACGGCUGCAUUAUUGCGCGAGUUACAUUGUUUUUGCCUGAUGGCCGGGAGGCUAUUUCAAUAGAGUCGGAACAGAUGCAGUUGACAGGACCAAACCGGAUAAGCUAUGAUGAAAUACAGCGACUAAAUGCAUUUCUACAGGAGGCCUCGCAGCGCGAGAAGAUGCUCAAGGCGAAGCUCAGCAAUCUGCAGGGAGUGCUCGAUUCGACGCGCAAAAACUCGGCCAUGUGCUGGCAAAGCAUGAUUACCGAGGAUCAGCUCUUGCACAAGAUCAAUCUGCUCGAGAAGAAGUUGCAAAUGAUGGAAAAGAAUGUUCCCGAGAAUACAUUACGCAACGAGGUUGUUAAAUUGCUUGAGGAUAAGACCUCGUAUCAGCUAACUGCCAAAGAAGCGCUGCGCAAGGUCUAUCAGGAUCGAUGCGAUGCCAUGCAAAUGCUGUCAAAAAUGGAGAUGGCCUACACAACAUCGGAUAAUGAGUGCAGCAUAUUGCGCGGUCAGAUAUUAAGUUCGAAGCAGACUCUACAGGACUUUAAUGAACGAUUGGAGCAGUUACAACUGGAGUAUAUGGAAUAUAAGCAGGAAACGCUGCGUCAGCAGCAAGAGGCUAAGGAACUGGAGGAGCAACGACUUGUGCAGCAUAAGGAGCAGCUAAUCGCUCACGAGAGCGAAAUGGAACAGAUGCGCCAACAACUGAUGCAACUGCAGCAAACGAUUGCUGAUCACGAUAGCGAACAGGCGCUGCAGCAGCAGCAGACGCUGGAGCAACUGAAUGCGGCCAUCGCUGCCGGUGGAGAUGAUGACGAUGAUGACGACGACGACGACGAUGAGGAUGAAGACGAUAACGAUGACAAGCAGGAUAAGAAAGUGGGAGAUCAUGAUAAUUGCGCAGAUACUAAAGACGAAUUUCAGGUUAAUGAGGGUGCACAGAUUCAAGAGUUGCACGGCAAAGAUCAGACUACAAUACCCAGCAAACCUAAAUCUAACAAGAAGACCAAACGGCAGCAGAAGGAAGAGUUCAAUUUGAAGCACAAGGUGAUACGUAAAGGUACCAUGAUGAAAUUGCUCAAGAACUCGGAUCUCAAAGGCGCAGAUGGCGGCGAUGUAUUGAAAGCCAUAUUUAAUGCCGCCGACUCUGGUGAUGAUGAUGAGCAGGAAUCAAAGCUGGAUUCAUCUGAGGCAUCGCCAAUAGGCGGAAACACCUUUGCCGAAGUUGCCUGCGAUGAGUUUAUACACAAAUCACCCAAGCACACACGCCUCAAUGGCAUUGAAGAAGCGACCGGCGAGUCGCAUUUAGUCCACAAGCUGGAGACACAGGAGACGCUCGUACGCAGCAACGAUGUAAUACACGAUGGUGAUCUGGCGCAUGAUCAAGCUGUGGAUAUGUUGCACGAAGAGUGCAUGUUCUAUAAGAAAAAAUCAGCUAAGCUAACCAACGACAUAAGCAAUCUGGAGGAGCAGAUGAAUAUUCUUAAGCAGCAGCUACAGCAGCUACCACAAAACGCAGCACAGGCGCGCAGUUUCAGCGGUGCAGACGAAAAGAAUACAAAACCAGAGUCCACCACGGAUGGUGAAGAGAAGCCGCUGCUGUCCGACCAGGACAACUGCGCUGAUCUCGCGAGUUGGCGUGAAGAUGUUAAUAUCAUGAACGAUGUGCAAGUCGAGCGUGAGGAGGAGCUGAUCAUUUACAAGGAACGCCUGGAGCAGUCCGAAAUUAGCAACAUCGAAUUGCGCAAAGAGAUAUCUGUGCUGCGACUCAAACAGCCAAUGGUCAAUGAUCAUAGUCUGUUAUUUCGUCGGGCUCUGCCGUUGGGCUGUGUGGCGCUGGCAGCGAUUAUCUACUUUUUGUCCAUUCGCUUUUAACAGCCGGAAAUCACCACAGCAAAAACAUCGUACCUACAGCAAAACGAGAUUCAACAAACAUAUAUACGAUAUACAUCUUGUGGGGUGGGGACAUGCGAGGGCGCGUGUUGAAUGCUGGAUGUGAACUAUAUAUAUAAAAAAAAAUUCAAAAUAUGGAAGUGGAUGUAAAGUAUGCAAAUCGGAUGGACGCAGUUAUACAGUUACAAUAUUUAUAUAUCUAAACGAGCAUAUAUAU